CAACACUACUAUAUAACAAAUAAUUUGAGCUGUUGAAAGGAUGCAAGACCCGAAGCUAAGUACAAUGGACCACCUCUCUACGAAAAGCUCGGUAUUUCAUCCUACUCAGCUGGGAGCAGGGGGUCAGCAGGAGAUAUUCAGGCACAUGAAGCGACACUAUGACAGAUUGGGCCGGGUUACCGCUGCCACUGAUUCUUCGCCUCCUAAAUCUUAUAAAACCUCUACUUUGGCUCGGGAUAGGGAGAAAAAGCAUCACGUGGUAGAUACCUUCAAACUUCCAGUUACUUCAAAGUUUAUUGAGGAGCACAUCCAGAGACAGAGUCAGCACAGUGAAAUGAUAUCGUUACAGACCAAAGACUCAGACAUUCAAAGUAUCUUAAGACAUGUUCCGGAACUAAGGAAGAAUAUUAAGUUCAAAUCAAAAUCAGAAACUAGUCUUGGAACAAAUGAAUUGGAAGUCAUGGCAGAUGGUAAACCAGAAAAAGAAGAAGUUAUUCCAAAAAAAGAAAAGGAAAUUCUUCCAAGAGAAGACAAAGAAGUUGUUCUAAGAGAAGAGAUUCCUUUGACCAGCCGCAGUCUCAAAACACCUCUCACUCCAAGAACACCCCUCCGCAACUCUGAGUAUAGAAGCAACAUUGUUGGAACCACUGAACAUGACAUGGAGAUGAAGUAUUUGACAUUUGUAUCAGAUAUAACGAGAGAAAUCUUGACUUCCUCCAUCUCGAGUGACAGAGCGUUAAACAUGUUGUUUGAGAGACAUCUGAACCUGAAUAAGGGGAACCUCAACGAGUCUAUCAUGAGAAUGCGAGUAGAGGAACUGAAAAUAAAGCUCGCCAUAAAGUCCUGACAGUGUUAUAAUAAAGAACAUGUGUACAGUGUAAAAUAUGUAUAAAGAUUGUUUUUUAGUGCCCUUUAACCACAUUUAUCUCUAUUUUUAAUGUAUUGUGAACACUCCUAACAUUUAUUUGACUGUCUUAGUGUCUAGACGGGUUUAUUAACGACCGGCGGGUUUAUUAACGACCGGUGAAAAUGUGGUUCGGGAAAAAUAUGGCGAAAUUACCCUAAACCCACCACUUUAUCCCGGUCAUAAUAAUCCCGAGUAAGGUAAAUACAUUUCCUUAUAUCAUGUAAUCACUUGUCUUAAUGUAACCAGAUUUUGCAGCUGUUUUUCUAUAUUACAUGCAUGUGAGUGUUACUAAGUGUUUUGUGUGUUUUUAUCCGAUAAAGAUAUUUGAAAGUUUGAGUCUGCCAUUGAGUGGCGUAUAUCAUAUUUCUAUAAUCUAUAACAUAUAAGCAUAUUAUGUAAAUAGUGUAUGUAGAUAGUGUACAGUAUCAAAUGUGUUUAUUAGUAGCAUUUUAUGUUCAUUUAGAAUCUUUAUUCUUAUUAUAUAAGUGUUUAUAAUUAUAAGUGCUUAUAAUCAUCUAUAUUUAUUUAUAUUUUCAAUUUAUGUUGAUAUAUUAGCGACGUCACACAGUUUGGCAUCUUAGCAAAAAGUUUAGGCUAUUUUUCUAUACUGUGUUAAUUAAACUGUCAGAAUUGUAUAAUAAUGUUAUCAGCUCGCCAUUACAUUGGUUUCGGAUU